CCCUACCUCCUCCCCCCGGCGUUCUCCACCACCCGCGCCCGUGGUGGAGACGGAGGUGUUGGCCAGCGGUUGGCCAUGUACCGCCUGAGCAGCCUCCGCCGCCAGCUGGACAGCGUAACCCGCCAGUAUCCCCGGAGAGAGCGAGAGAAACCCAUGGGUCAGGAGCUGAGCGCUUUACCCCGGGUGUUCCGGCCCGUGCAGGAGGAGCCCGUGCUUUCUGAGGAGCCGUGGGGCGCCGCGGCCGCGGAGGAGCAGCAGCUCAAGAGCUACGCCAGCCGCACCGGCCGCUUCGUCCACGCCGCCGCCAAACAUGACAGAAAUGAUUCGGGUUACGAGAGUUCAGGCAAGAAGGGCCCGGCGUCGUCGUCGGAGGUGGUGGGGACCGGCUUCCGGCCCAUCAACGGCGCCCCUUCGCCCUCGCAACCCACGCCGCCCUCGACCACGCCCUCCCACACGCCCUCGGCCCCGUCGUCGACGUCUCAGGCCGGCGGAGGCAGCGGAGGAGGUGGAGGGGGAGCCCUGACCACCUCGAGCAAGAGCCAGCAGGCGGACUCCAGCGGGCGCAGCAGCAGGAACAAGGAAGCGGACAGGAUCAGCAAGAAGGAGUCACGUGACCAGAGCAGAGACCCGUUCAACUUCAUCAACAUCAAGAAGGAGACGAGCUCGCCCAACAUCAGCUCGCACGCCUCGUCCGACGCGACCAUCCCGACUCGCCCGCCCAAGUCCAACUCCUCCAACCCCCUCGUCAUGCCGCGGGACAAGCAGGCCGACAAGCCCUUUGACUGUGAGUAUGAGCGAGACGCAGCGUGCCGGGAAUCAGGGGGGGGACCGGUUGCCAGCC